AUGAGAGAAAUCUUCUUAGCUAAUUCGAAAGAAGAGAUGAAGCUGAUAAGGAAAGUUGUAAAAACUUGUGAUUUCAUCGCUAUAGACACAGAGUUCCCAGGUUGUGUGAAGGUGACUCCUAAGGGCGCUACCGAGGAGACUCGAUACGAGAAUUUGAAAUUCAAUGUCGAAAGGACAAAACUUAUUCAACUAGGUUUCACUCUGUUCGAACGCGACGGAAGUAUCGGAGGUACGUGGGAAGUUAAUUUCAAGGAUUUUGACGAGAGAAGCGACGCUUGUAACGAGAAGUCGAUAGAGUUUCUUAGACGCAACGGUCUUAAUUUCAAGAAAAUCAGAGACGAGGGAGUGGGAAUCCAAGAGUUUUUCAAAGAGUUUGGUCAGAUUCUCAAAGACGACGACGAGGACAAGAAGUUAAAGUGGGUUUCUUUCGAUGGUUCAUACGACUUAGCGUAUCUUGUUCAAGGUCUGACCGGAAGAAAAUCACUGCCCGAGACUCUAGAAGCUUUUAACAAAACCGUUGAGGAAACCCUAGGGCUUAGUCUUGAUGUCAAGAAGAUUGCGGUUGAUUGCAGAGGUGUGUCUGCCCGGUACGGUUUGCAGAGAAUAGCAGACGAUCUUCACAUCAAACGUGUCGGUGAUGCACACCACGCGGGUUCAGACAGCGAACUCACUGCCCGAGUGUUUACUGACUUGAUAUUCACCAUAUCAAAGGAACAGAAGAGAGAGCGUGAGGAGGAGCAACAGAAUGAAGAGCGUAUGAAACGUGCUAGGCAUAUUAUGCACCAAGCUGAAGAAGCUUUUGUGAUGGAGAGACGUGGUUUUGUUAGGGUACAGCAGCCACAUGAGCUUGUAAUGAGAAGAUGCGGUUAUUUACCGGUGGUACCACAUCAUCCACCAUCAAGACCGAUUGUGUUCCAUCCUUACCACCCACCACAUUUGACUGGCUACUUUGUACAGCCACAGACACACAUUCAUCCAUCUUUUUUACAUUAA